AUGGCUUUUACACUGAAAGGAGUGGCAUACAUUACCGGUGCUGGGUCUGGCAUUGGCCAAUACACUGCAUACGCUCUUGCGAAACAGGGUGUACGCUCAUUCGCCCUGCUGGAUCGCAAUCCCCUCAUCAAAACCGUUAGCGAACUCCGUAAACUCUCAUCCGACUGUUCUAUCAAGACAUUCGAGAUCGAUGUCACCAACGAGAAAGCUGUCGAUGACAGUAUAGAGAAGACGGUCAAGGAGUUCGGACGACUAGACUAUGCUGUGAACAAUGCCGGCAUCGGUGGCAUGAUCAAAACGACAGAUCAGAUCCCGAAAGACGACUUCGAGAAGGUCAUGUCUAUCAACACCAUCGCUGUUUGGCAAUGCCAACGUGCACAGAUUCGACAGAUGCUCAAACAGGAAAAGCUCUCGGACUCAUAUCGGUCAUAUCGAGGUUCUAUCGUUAACGUCGCAUCCAUGUAUGGUCUGGUAGCACCGCCGCUCAACGUUCCCGCCACAGCAUACGCUACCUCAAAGCACGCUGUUAUUGGCCUUACAAAGUCAGAUGCGCUCGCUUUCGCGCACAAGGGUAUCCGGAUCAACGCAAUUUCGCCGGGAUAUGUAAUGACGCCUUUGGUACAAGAGCACAUGGGUCAGGGUGAAAUGAUGGAAACUGAAAGGAAAAAGGUCCCUGUUCACCGCUAUUCGGAGAUGGAGGAAAUCGGCGACUGUAUUGCCUUCUUGCACUCAGACGCGGCGAGCUACAUGAUCGGCGCCACAUUAGUCGCGGACGGAGGAUACACAAUUGUCUAA